AUGGUCUUCAAAGAUCGCAGAAGCACAAUGGAAAGAAGCAAAAAUGCAGGUCUUGGGAAGCACAGGAUUGCAGUAGUACUGACUUACAUUUGCGCAAACCUUCAGACUGACACCUUUAGGGCUAUGAUGUUGGAACGGAAUCCUGAGAAUCAAAUUGAGUCUUGUUCUUAUUUACUUUUAGAUGCCUGUCUCAGAUGUCAAGCUGAAAACAAACAAGAAGAUUGUGUUGUGGUUUGGGGAGAAUGCAAUCAUUCCUUCCAUAAUUGCUGCAUGUCCUUGUGGGUGAAGCAGAAUAAUCGCUGUCCCCUCUGCCAGCAGGACUGGGUAGUCCAGAGAAUAGGCAAAUAA